GGUCGUGCAGAGGGGAUUGGAAUUCAGUAAGGCUCUACCAUCCUCCGUUGAAUAAGAGCAUCCUUUCAGUGUCGAUAGAGAGGAUACAUUCCCAAAGAAGCUGUCUAUGACUUCCGACUAGUAUCAUUUAUUGACAUUAAAAAAGGCAUCAUGGCGAAAAACCGAAAAGAGAACAGAGACAGCUGGGGCUCUUUCACGGAUAAAGUUUAUGAUUGGAGCUCGGAGGAGGAGGAGCCUGAUGGACGAGCUAGACCGGUUCAGGUGCUGGUUGUCAAGGAUGACCACACGUUUGAGCUUGACGAGGUGGCGUUGAGCCGCAUUCUAUUGGCGGAGGAAGUGAGGGACCGGGAGGUGGUGGCCAUAUCCGUGGCCGGAGCCUUCCGGAAGGGCAAGUCCUUCCUAAUGGACUUCAUGCUACGCUACAUGUACAACCAGGCAUCUGAGGAGUGGCUGGGGGAGUCUGAGGAGCCCCUGACAGGCUUCUCCUGGAGGGGCGGCUCCGAGAGGGAGACCACCGGGAUUCAGAUCUGGAGCGAGGUCUUCCUGGUCGACAAACCAGAUGGAAGACAGGUGGCAGUUCUGCUAAUGGAUACUCAGGGCACUUUUGACAGCCAAUCAACGCUGAGAGACUCAGCUACAGUGUUUGCACUGAGCACAAUGAUCAGCUCCAUGCAGGUAUACAAUAUCUCACAAAAUGUCCAGGAAGAUGACCUUCAGCAUUUGCAGCUAUUCACUGAGUAUGGUAGACUGGCUAUGGAGGAGACAUUCCUUAAACCUUUUCAGUCUAUGAUUUUCCUCGUUCGAGACUGGAGCUUCCCCUACGAGUUUUCCUACGGCCAGGAAGGAGGCAUGAAGUUCCUCGAGAAGAGACUUAAGAUCUCAGAGAACCAGCACGAGGAGCUGCAGAACGUCCGUAAACACAUCCACUCCUGUUUCACCAACAUCUCCUGUUUCCUCAUGCCCCAUCCAGGCCUCAAAGUGGCCACCAACCCUAACUUUGACGGCAGACUCAAAGAGAUCGACCGGGAGUUCAUCAACAACCUGCAGGUGCUGGUGCCCUGGCUGCUGAGCCCACGCAACCUGGACAUGAAGGAGAUCAACGGCACUAACAUCACCUGCCGAGGCCUGCUGGAGUACUUUAAGGCAUACAUUAAAAUAUAUCAGGGUGAAGAGCUACCACACCCCAAAUCUAUGCUGCAGGCCACAGCAGAGGCCAAUAACCUGGCAGCUGUAGCAGCGGCCAAAGACCUGUACAACAAGAAAAUGGAGGAGGUCUGUGGGGGUGACCGUCCCUUCCUGGCCCCCAGCGAGCUGCAGGCCAGACACAGCGAAAUCCGUGAGGAGGCCCUGGCGGUGUUCAAGGGCGUCAAGAAGAUGGGUGGCGAGGAGUUCAGCCGGCGCUACCUGCAGCAGCUGGAGGGCGAGAUAGACGAGGUGUUCGUGCAGUACAUCAAACACAACGACUCCAAGAACAUCUUCCACGCCGCCCGCACCCCUGCCACGCUCUUCGUCCUCAUCUUCAUCAUGUACGUGUCGGCGGGCAUCACCGGCUUUGUGGGCGUGGACAUCAUCGCCAGCGUGUGUAACAUGAUCCUGGGUCUGGCGCUUAUCACGCUCUGCACCUGGGCAUACAUUCGCUACUCUGGCGAGUACCGCGAGCUGGGCGCUGUCAUCGACCAGGUGGCCGGAGCACUCUGGGACCAGGGAAGCACCAAUGAGGCUCUCCACAAGCUGUACAACGCCGCGGCCAGCCACCGGCAGCUGUACCAGCAUGCCUUCCCUGGGCAGCAGGGCGACGAGGGCCCUGAAGAGCCCGGCAGGAAGAGGAACUGAGCUGCACACUGGGAGGACCAGAGCACAGCAUGGACUUCUCGGUCGAGUGGCGGAAUGGACAGUUAGGGGGGUGGGGGGGGAUUGGGGGGAUUGGGGGGGGGGGUCCCCACCUAAAGGGCACUGUGUCAGCUCUGGUUUGGCUGGAUGAGUCCAGACAUGCAUUGAUUCAAUAUUUCAGAGCUAGAUGUGGACUAUGUAUGUUCAUAUAGGCAACGGCAGAAUAUCUCCCUGACUGAGGGGCUGUCUUCAAACAAUGGCUAUCAUUGUCUCUCACUUUGACAACAUAUAAACUGUGUGUGUGUGUGUGUGUGUGUGCGAGGGUAAACCAUCUGUACAAACACACUCAGCUGGAGGUGAGGUGGAAAUGAUCCUCGUGCGAGUCGCUGAAUCACCUAUCACUGACAAAAGGUAAACUUGAUCUACAACACCAUCUGUGUUUAUUUGCGCUGAGUGUUAUGUUUGAUCUAGUGUAGUACUGUUUAUAAGGACAAGACAUCCAUGUUUGGAAACUUACAAGACACAUUUCAUCAGCAUGGUUAGGGUUCGAGGGUCUCUCAUGUUUAAGGCUCUCCAUUUAUUCUGAGAUACCUAGGGCUUGUGCUUGUCCGGCAUUUGUUGAGUUGGUUUGUAAGAGAUAGGUACUGUGUGCUAACAUGUUGAUGGGCAGACAGACAACCUCCUGGGUUCUGUUUAAUCCAAACCCCCUCUUGUAGGUUGGCGGUCUUAGUGAUCCAUUGGCGGUGAGGUACAAUAAGCGGCCCACCUCAGUGCACAUGGUCAUUAUGGAAACAUCACACAGGACAGAACUAAGAAGUGACCUAUGGGGUGGUUGUAUGAAUUUGCUUUGUGACACAGCACUGAUUGGUCAGAGGCUGGCAGAGAACCAGGAACAGCAUCAGCUGGUACAGUUAACACAUCGUAGUGGACAGUGUAGUGGACACCAUUCCUGACUGCAGGGUUCGAAAUGACAUAUGACUCUUUGUGGUCCCCUAAAAUUUCACCAUAAACAAUUUGACUAUUUGACUAUUUAGCUAUCUUUCCAGUAUAAUUUCCACUUUUUAAAGUUAUGAAAUCUUAUGUUUGGAAUUUGAACAUUUUGAACAAUUACGUAAGAUUAUCUAACCUAAUAUUAAAAGGUAGAACAUUAUAAAUGAUAUCAAGCCCUAAUGAUGUGCUACAUUAUGAAAAGCACACAUUUUGGGGGACCCGUCUCAUUUGGAACCCUGGCUGACUGCAUCUCUCUCACGCAUCAUAGUCAGCUUUCACACUUUGGUAAUUGCACUCUCAGUCUACACAAUUCAUGAUUCUUUUAACGUAUGUGGCCUUUGGAAAACGGGUACAUGGGUAAAAUACAUUUCGGGCAGUUUGAUUAGAGGGGAGGCGGGGUUGACGGAAUGUUGGGAUUCACAUAGAACGUUCUGGCAGAGUCAUGGAAUGUCACUGUUCCGAGGCUAUAAAAAGAAAAACAGGGGCCGAUGUGGCCUGACAGCAGAGAGAGCGGUUGGGAGAGAUCCUUAAUCGAUGUCCCCGUCUGUCCCCCUCUACCCUUUCAUCUGCUGCUUUACCUGUGUGGCCCGCUGCAUGGUUACUGAGGCCAACCCUGCACAGUCAACUGUGUGUCUCUAAAACAGCUUGUACUUGUAAACAAAAUUGUGUUAUUGGGAAACGCUUUUUGUGUUUGCAAACAAAACGUUGGCUUGAUGGACUGUUACAUUCGUAGAUCACAUUUGUGUUGACAUUUUUGAAAAGCUCAUUGUAUAUCUAUCUGGUACAUGCAACAUUCAUCAAACAGUAUUAUGAAAAUAAAAACAGCUGUUUUCUGUA